UUAAUUAUAGGAAAUGCGUUUUUCUAAGGUACAUCAACUUUUGGGAUUGACUAUAUAGCCAAUACAUUCUUAACAAGCACUCGGCGGGGUAUUUGGAAUUUGGAUAAUGGUGUUCGGUGACGAGCGUCGGGACGUAAUAAUGGACGUUCGGGCAUGGAAUGCUCCGUACCACUUUCUCCCGGAAUCCUCGAUAUCCCGGCAACGAAUACGAUCCGUGUAAAAAAUCCAAGUAUCGUCGAGUGCACCGAAACGGCCGCGUAUCAAAUUGGAACACCGAUCGAUAGGGCGGCCGGAAUCCGAUCGAAAAAGAUCACCCCCCACCUCCAUCUCCUUCCGGCCGAUCUAAUUGAGUAAGAACGCGAACGGAACCGAGUCAAAGUCCUCCGCGGUCAAGCUCGGGGUCGAGCGGUUCUCCCGAGCUGGAAUCUGGAAUCGGCAUUUUCCAGCAUACGCCGCCGUGCGCCGAUCGAACCGGGACGCGACCGAUAGCAUCUCUUCUCCCUUCUCGUCUCUUUUCUUCCGACGCGUGGCUGCGACCGGCCCGUCAGAUAAAGUGUUUGUUGCCGCAGUCGAUGCCACGCAACGCGACCGACCUCUUUAUUUUAGUUUUAUUCAGCAUCGGUUCGCUGGCUGCGUCGGUGACACGGUAUCUUCGAAUACUCCCGCUUUUAAGUGAUCGCCGCGAAGGGAAUAUAUUUUCCGCGGAAUCUAUGGAAAAACGUUAGAUACGAAACGCCGGCACGAUCUUUGUUGAAAAUAGUUUAAAGAAUCCGACGAGACGUCGAUCCGCAAAGCGUGCAACCGCUCCCUCCCACGCUCUCGACGUAACGCAAUGACGAAUGGCAUCAGCGAUCCUCUCGAUUCUUUUCGAGCGCGUACCUUUCCUAUGCGUAACGAGCGUAGAUCCGCUCACUCGAUUCGCGGUCUAUCUUAUCGCUUUCCAAGAUUCUUUCGCUGCGCAAGAUUCGUUCCUCGCGAGAGAUCGGGGAAGGGAUCGACGUCGCGGGCGAAAAUUUUCAUCGAACCAUCCGGAUAAUCGAAUCGGCACGUCGCCGCUGUGCGCGUCGAACAGAGAGACAGAGAAAGAUAGAGAAAGAGUGAGAAACACUCCGACCGAGUUCUCCGUUCUCCUUCUCUCCGUCGACAAAACCUCGCGCAGUUUCUCCUCUGCCGUUCUCUUCACAGGUUCCGAGCAGAAGCUACGGCCGCUCUCUCCCUCUCUCCACUGCCGCCUCCUCCUCAUCUUUCUCCUCCUCCACCGAUGUUCGUUUGUAGCAACUGGCUCGACGCGAAUCGAGUUACGAAUCUAAAUCCCAGCGUCCGAAUCACGGACAAUACCGUCGAUUUGCAACGUCGAUCUCUCGACGAGACGCGACGAACGAUCGCUGGACGCGAGGCACCUGUUCGAUACGUUAUCACAGUUCGCGACCCGUUAUCGAUCGUAUUGACACGGUGUCGGCCAGAUCGCUACUUAUCGCUACUCGUUUCUCCAGCUUCCCGAAUUGCUCCUCCGUACACCUCCGCCAGCACCGCCGCGGCCGCGAGUACCACCACCACCACGUUCCCGACGACGACCAUCUCCGAAGCGUGUGGCCACCACUCUCGGGCUUCUCUCUUCCAGUCGCCUUUCCCCGCCACUCGAUGCCACUGUAGCCAGCAGCAGCAGCAGCAGGAUCGACGCGGCGGCGGCGGCCACACGGGAACCUCGUUACAACACGAGAAACGAUACUACACGGUGGUGGAAAGAACGUGGUCGUUGCGAGUCUCGCAACGCAACGGAACUUUAGUGCAACUGCGGCGAGCAGCUGACGCGGAAUCGCUUCGUGCCCGACGAACAGUGCGCGUGUUCUUUACUCUCUCGGAUCCUCGCGCGCCGCGCCGUCGAUCUUUCGUCUCGCGACGCAGCGCGCUGGUUCGCGCGCGCUUCGUUCCCAACGACCACGGCACGCUACGUUUCGGGAUACACCGACAGAGAGGCAAACAGAGAGAUAGAGAGAGAAAGAGAGAGUGUGUGCGUGCGUGCGUGCGUGCGUAUAGUGUCAGGGAUUUAAAACACAUGUCUCGGGUCGCUUUCCCUGUCGUCAAAUGAAUCGAAUCUCGCUGAUCCGACGGACGGUAGCCAGCCUCGUCGACGCGACGCCCGCGUCCAGCGUCGUUUUCUCUACGAAAUCUCCAGCCACGUAAACCGUCGUGAUCGACGGUGAAGACGAACUCGCACGCAGGGGGCGAUAGAGAGAGAGAGAGAGAAAGAGAGAGAUAUAUAUAGGAGCGAAAAAGGGUAGAGGGAUAUAGAGUGAGAAAAAGAGGAAGAUAAAUCGAUAAAACGAAGAUGAGGGUGACGCGAUGCUCGUCGAGUCCGUUAGUCCUAACUCUGGCCCUGGCUUUUGCGUCGACGAUCGGUCGUUGCGGCGCCUCGGAAAGCAUAAUAGGAAGCCGAGAAACGUGUGACGUAGAGGGAGAGGACUUCACGGUGGACAAGAUCCCUAACACCAGGUGUUUUAACUGUUUGUGCAAGAACGGGUUCGUCGAAUGCAGGAAACAGCAAUGCCCGAGUAUCGAGGGUUGUUACACGCUGCUGGAACCGCGCGAGGACGAGUGCUGCCACAGGUGCAAAGGUUGCAUGCGGAACGGAGUUUACCACGGAUCCGAGACCGAAUGGACGGAGGGAAACGAUUCAUGCAGAAUCUUCACGUGCAAAGCCGGGGUGAUCACCGAGUCCCGGUUGCAUUGUUACACACCGUGCUCGAAUCCUAUCCCGCCCGCGGCCGGGCAAUGCUGCCCGAUGUGCGCAGGAUGCCACUUGAACGGGCAAUUGGUGACGGCGGAUAGAUCGGUGACCACGAGCGAGGAUCCGUGCGUGACUUGCAGGUGCAACGCUGGCAGACUGAUCUGUGCCAAGCAAGCCUGUCCCGUGCUUCACUGUCCCAGUUCCAGGAUCGUUCACGACCCAGGCAAAUGCUGUCCGCACUGCAAAGGUAGCGGGAGAUACUUGUCACCGCCGAAGGGCGCGUGUAUGCUCGGGGCAGGCGUUUACAAUUCCGGUAAUCAGUUUCAUCUGGACCACUGCACACGGUGUAGUUGCUCGAAUUCGGUAGUCUCGUGCACGAGGGAAACCUGUCCGGUUCACGACUGCCCAGCCGAGCAUCAGAUCACCCUAGCAGGUCGUUGCUGCCCGCAGUGUCCCGAGGUCGAGGAGAUCCGACCGUCUUGCACUUACGCCGGCAAGACUUACGGGGAUGGUGAAAGUUGGAAGCUUGACUCGUGCAAGGCAUGCGCUUGCAUGCAGGGUAAAGUGCGAUGCGCGAUGCCCAUGUGCCCCCCGUUAAACCUCCCUUGCCCACCGAAUUCGAGGCUGGAGCACCCCGAGGGUCAAUGCUGUCCUCGUUGCGUCGAAAGUGACGGUGUAUGUACCGUGUUCGGCGAUCCUCACUAUCGGACUUUCGACGGGAAAUUCUACAGUUUUAAGGGCGCGUGCAAAUAUCAACUGGCUAGCGAUUGUUCGGAUCACACGUUCAGCGUCCGAGUGACCAACGACGCCAGGUCAACGAGAAACUCAGCUUGGACCAAAACGAUAGCGAUCAAGGUGGGCGACUUGAAGGUGAAUCUCGGGCAGAAGAUGCGAGUGAAGGUGAACGGGAAGAAGGUCGAGGUGCCGUAUCGCGUGGCGAACCGGCUGGACGUGAACCGGACAGCGGACAGCAUAGUCGUGAGCACGCAGAUCGGAAUCAAGGUUCUUUGGGACGGGAUCAGCUUUCUCGAGGUGUCCGCGCCGACUUCGUACAGGGGCCGGCUCUGCGGUCUGUGUGGGAACUUCAAUUCCCUGCCGAAGGACGAUUUUACGAAUCGAAAGGGCAGAUUGUUGCAAGACCCGCAAUUGUUCGGACAAUCGUGGCUGGUAGGCGCCAAGAAGAAUUGUGCCAGGCCAAAGCCACUACCACCGAAUUUCGAUCGGAACAGACGUUGCAGAGGUCGAAAAGAUCACAGAUUAUGCAACAGGCUGAGAUCGCAGAUCUUUGACGCCUGCCACAAGAAGGUGAAUCCAACCAUGUAUUACAAGGCGUGCCUUCAGGACAUGUGCGAGUGUCCGACAGAGAAUUGUUACUGCGAAUCGUUCACCGCGUACGCGCACGAGUGCAAGAGGCUCGGUAUCCAAUUACCGCAUUGGCGAAAAUCGACCAGAUGUCGAACCGGUUGGGACCAGUUCGCAGAAUCUAGGACGUUGAUGAUCGGCUCGCGUUUUCCCUGAUCGCCUCCCCGUUCCAUGGAACGUCGAGAGUCGGAACCUCGGGAAUCAGGAAAGGAGGAGUCGAGAUCGAACAACUCUUGCGACCGAACGAAAUUCUACAGCUAGUCACCGCGUUCGAGCGGACGCGGAUACGCGCGACGAUCCGCGGCCGAUCGAACGCAUCAGUGGUCACGUUCGAAUCAGCGGCGACGUUUUCAUCGCGUGGUACCGGUGAAACGAUCGCCGAUAACGGCAGAGUAGAGCUCGCUCGCCUUUUUUCGAAGCUCGGACGAGUCCGAAGCACCGUGCAGUAUUUCGGCCGAUGAGCAGGCUCGCGGCACCGUUCGUUUACGUUUACGUUUAUAUUAUCGGCACAACCGACCACGGUCAGUCGAAAUCGUGGAUACAGACUCGUCACGGGUUCCCUGUUCGUCUAUAAUCUACAUUUUACGUAAAACUGGACCGUCUUUUAACUUAUCCAUUUGGCAAAGUACUUGAAACACGAGCUCUCGUAUUCGUGGAUUUCGCGUUGUGUCGAGGACAUAUGUACAUACAUUUUAUAUAUAUACACAUAUACGUUACUUUUCUAUCCAUAGACUUAAGCCCAGUCCCCCUCUAUACGCUCUUUUGAUCCGCGUCAAAAUCUAUGUACACCGAUCAGAAAUCUUACGAGUUCAACGAUCUAACAAUCACAUUUUCACUUUUCUGUUCGCAGUGCUUCUCGUUUUUUUGCUUACACGCGUUAAAACUGUAUAUAGACCAAGUGUGGACACGCGCGUAUGCGUACUUAUAUUCGCCAGUUACGAAAAGUAUUGGCGCAUCAGCCGUCUAUUUUGUAUAUUGGUAUGAACGAAAGGAAAUGCGCUAUAUCGGUUACGCGUUUGUAGCACGUCCCGAUGCCUAAUUAUAAUACAGACUGACCCAACCAGCAACGUUUCGCGGAUGGCAGUCAUAAAUAUACCCUCGAGAUAAUCCAAAGCUUUAGCCAAUUUGUCUAUAUCGAUCGUAGCGUAGAAAUAUAUUGUGGCACGCAUCGGAUACGAACAAAAUAAACGAACGAAUUGUUUAUUCGUAAA